AUGUGGAAAGUGAGUGGACAAGACAAUCUGUUGGAACAAGGCUGUGAUAUUAAGACGCAACAAAUGCUUCGUGUUACUGCCCAGGGACCAAUGACACCGAUCAUCCUACUUGCUUAUUUGAUCGAAGUUGAAGUAAGACCAAAUGCGGCACGCACUUAUGUGCAAUCACCUAAACCAUAUGGAGUGAGCCGAAGCAAAAUGCCUCCUGAAUCUGUAACACAGUCCAUUUCAGGGACAUACGGUAGAACACCCGGUGCGACAAGGUAUGUGCCGAUAACUGAAGCCGUAAGUAUCAAAUGUUGA